AUGUUUGAGCCAAACAUUUGGAUAGAAAACAAUUUCUUCAAGAGGGAAUGUUCUCAGAUCAUUCCUGCUCCAAAGGAUCCUUCACGCUGUUCUUGUGGUUGGCCAAUUGCAAACCAUCCCCUCAUAAUGUGUCUCCCAAAUCAAGAACUGUUGAGUGGUCAAGGAUCCCCUAAUAUUGAAGCUGCAAAUAUAGAUGGGAAGUGGACUCACUCUCGCCACACUCAGAGAGUACCCACAGAUGCUUAUGGCACAAUUGAAUUCCAAGGAGGAGCACAUCCUUCCAAAGCAAAAUAUAUACGCCUGGCACAUGAUACUCGACCAGAGUCUGUCAUACAGCUGUUUACCCAAGAGUGGGACUUGGAACUACCCAAACUUCUUAUUACCAUGCAUGGUGGGAAGCAAAAUUUUGAAUUACAACCAAAACUUAGAAAGGCAUUCAAAAAGGGUCUGCUGAAAGUGGCAAAAACAACUGGAGCCUGGAUCUUCACUGCAGGAACAGACAAUGGUGCAACACAAUAUGUAGGUGAGGCCUUGAUUUCAGAGAGGUCACCCCGUUUACGACCAGGACGAGUUGUCAGUGUUGGGAUUGCACCAUGGGGUGCCAUUGAGAACAGGAUCAACCUGAUUGCCAAAAACAAAGAUGUUCCUUAUCAUUCUCUUGCUGCUCCCAAGUCCAAGUUGUCUGUCUUGAACAGUCGUCAUGCUUUCUUCCUUCUCGUUGAUAAUGGCACUACAGGUAAAUAUGGUGCUGAGAUUUCAUUUCGUAAGAAAUUGGAGAAGUACAUUUCUAAGUUGAGACUACUGAGCUUCCAAAGUUGUAGCAUUCCAGUUGUAUCAGUGGUGCUGGAAGGUGGGCCAAAUACUAUCCGCUCAGUCCUAGAAUAUGUGACUGAUUCUCCUCCAGUGCCUGUAGUCAUUGUUGAUGGAUCUGGUCGUGCUGCUGACCUACUGGCUUUCGCUCACAGGCACUCAUGGAAUGAUGAAGAAAUGUCUUUGGAACUGGAAGAAGUGAAGUCUCAGCUCCUUGCAACCAUCCAAGAAACAUUUUGCAUGGAUACUAUGUCAUCGCUGAAGCUUUUCAGGGAAAUCAUGGAAUGUGUGAGGCACAAACACUUGAUCACAGUCUUCUCCCUUGGAGAUUCAGAGUGUCCAGAAUUGGAUCAUGCAAUGUUAUGUGCACUUCUGAAGAAUGAACACCUCUUACCUCAAGACCAGUUGGCUCUUGCACUUACUUGGAAUCGUGUUGACAUUGCCCGGUCACAGUUGUUUGUUUAUGGCCAGGAAUGGGCUAGGGGUUCCUUGGAAGAUGCAAUGAUGCAGGCAUUGAUCCAUGACCGCCUGGACUUUGUGAAACUCCUUUUGGAAAAUGGAGUGGCCAUUUCCAGGUUUUUGACCAUUCAACGCUUGGAAGAGCUAUAUAAUGUGAAGGUGGGACCUUCCAACACCCUACAUUACCUCAUUCAUGAUGUAAGGCCUGGUGUGCCCUCUACUGCUAGAUAUACUCUACUAGAUAUUGGACUUGUCAUCAACCAGCUCAUGGGAGGUGCAUUCCAGUCAUCCUACUGUCGACGGAAGUUUAGACACCUGUAUUUAGCUGUGAUGAAACCUGCCGAACCAGUUCCUCGCAAUCUUUCUAUGUCAGUCCUGCGUUUUGGUCACCACUCAGUCCUCCAUAGUCAACGUGGAAACCUUGCACUAGAAGUUCCUGAUGUUGUAUUUGAAUAUCCCUUCAAUGACCUGAUGGUAUGGGCAAUCUUGACAAAACGACAUUCCAUGGCUCUUCUCAUGUGGCAGCAUGGAGAAGAAGGACUUGCAAAAGCCCUAAUUGCAUCCACACUGUACAAAGCAAUGGCUCAUGAAGCCAGAGAUGAUGACCUUGAAGCAGAAGUAGCUGAAGAACUGAAGAACUUUGCGCAAGAGUUUGAGAAUCUGUCUCUAGAGCUGUUGGAUUUCUGCUAUCGCCAUGACAGUGAUAUGACAGCACAACUCCUUACUUAUGAGCUUAACAACUGGGGCAAGAUGACCUCAUUGAGCCUAGCUGUUUCAGCUGGGCACAAAGCAUUCCUUGCUCAUCCAUGUGCUCAGAUCCUACUUGCUGAUUUAUGGAUGGGGGGUCUAAGGAUGAGGAAGAAUACAAACCUCAAAGUUAUCCUUGGACUUCUCUUCCCUCCAUCUCUUCUAUCCCUAGAAUUCAAAACUCAGGAAGAACUUCAACUUCAGCCACAGACAGAAGAGGAACAUGAAGACUUUAGUUCUUCAUCGUCUUUGACAUCCUCAGAUUCUUCUUCAAGGUCAUCUUUGACUUCAUCGUCUCAUCAUUCACCUAUCCGCAAACACCCUGCAUCAGAGCAUGAUUUUCAAGAUCUCAUGAGGAAUGGGAGUAAGAUGCGUUUGACUGCCAUGGAUGCAAAUGGGAAAGAGAAUGGAACAUGGACAGUUUCAACCAAUCCCAUCAAGCAUGUCAAGCAAUCCAGCCGACCUCUAAGCACACAAAAGAAGAUUUAUGAAUUCUAUGCUGCACCCAUAACAAAAUUUUGGAGUCACAGCAUUGCAUAUGUGAUAUUCCUUUGCUUCUACACUUAUGUAGUGCUGGUACGCAUGGAACCCCAGCCAUGUUGGCAGGAAUGGUACAUCAUUGCCUACUUGUCAACUCUGUUUGUAGAGAUGAUACGAGAGAUUAUCUUCUUGGAACCAGUGAAACUGACCCACAAAGUCACCAUAUGGGUAAAUAAUAAAUGGAAUGUCUGUGAUGUUGUGGCUGUGUUAUUUUUUUGGAUUGGAAUGGGGUUACGUUUCACACCAAAGCAGAUGAAGAUUGGCAGAACAAUCUACUGUGUUGACAUCAUCUACUGGUACAUCAGAAUCCUGGACAUUCUCUCAGUCAACAAGUAUCUUGGUCCAUUUGUUACGAUGAUAGGCAAGAUGGUAGAAAAUAUGAUUUAUUUUGUCAUUCUUCUACUUGUUGUUCUCUUGAGCUUUGGAGUUUGUCGUCAGUCCAUCCUCUUUCCAAAUGAAGAAGCUAGUUGGACACUGUUGAGAGAUGUUUUCUAUCAGCCAUACUUCAUGAUAUAUGGAGAGGUAUUUGCUGGUGAUAUUGAUCCACCUUGUAGUGAUGAAGAGGGGGAUGUCCCUUGUCACACAGGCCGCUGGAUUACUCCCAUUGUCAUGUCUGUGUACCUUUUGGUUGCAAACAUUCUCCUCAUCAAUCUUCUCAUAGCUGUCUUCAACAACAUUUUUCGUAAAGUAAGUGCUGUUUCUCAUCAGGUGUGGAUGUUCCAGAGAUAUACUGUAGUUAUGGAGUAUGAACGAAUACCUGUGCUGCCACCUCCCUUCAUCUUUAUCAAUCAUGUUGUGUUGCUGACAAAAUAUUUGAUUCAAAAGUGCAAAGGCAUUGACAAGACCUACAGUGAGGGCCUCAAGUUAUUCUUGGAUAAAGAUGAACUUGAGAGAAUCCAUGAUUUUGAGGAAGACUGCAUGGAAGAGUAUCUCCAGGAUAAAACACAGAAAGCAGCUCAAAGUGAGAAGGACCACACAAGGAACAUCCAUGACCGGAUUGAAACAUUGAACCAGCGAAUGGAGGACCUGAACAAUACUCACCAGCAAGAAAUAGUAGACAUCAAGAGCUUUACUUAUCGAGUGACUCUCUUGGAGAAUAUGAUGACUGAGACUCUGACUUUACUUAGAAACCUGAAGGAUGAUUCCCAGCCAAGGGAGAGAACUGAAGCUCCUGUUGCAAAUCAUGAGAUCCAGGAAGACAUACCAAGUGUGAUUGAAAAUCCCUGUGCAAAAAGGAUUGAAAGCCCUAGUCUUUUCCGAGGACCAAUCCGAAAGUCCAGUCUCAAGCAGAGUAGUACUAGAGAAGGUCUUUCUAGUGGAGACAAACAAGAAUCUCAAAAAAACCUAAUGGCUCGUGUUCUUUUCCCUCCAGAUCUUUGUGUUUCUGUUGACGAUGUUAGCAAUAAUCCAGGAGAGGUUUUUGUGACGCAAUUGAGUGCCCCUGAUGGGACAUCAGGCCCUGACAUGGCUACAUUCAUGGAACCAAACAGCAGAAUUAUGGCAACGACAUCUGAGGGUGCAUUCUCGUCUCUUAGUAUUGGAACAUCACACAAGAGUCUAUCUCAAGGAGCACCAUGCUCUGCUGAGAUAGCAUGUCAGCUGAAGACUGAAUACACAAGCAUAACCGAUGACAUAGAAAAGCGUCUAAUGUAUUUAUGUCUCCCCCGACCCAAGGCCCGCCAUAUUUCUGACAGUAAGGAAGUGCAGGAAGCUGUGGAAUUUCAAACAGAGCAUCUUCGGGAUGUAGAGGCAGAAGUGUAUCAACUCAUGGAGCCUCUCAUAGAGCGUCGCCUUCGCCGUGAUUCAGAAAAUGUUGAUGCUUCCCUGCAAGAUCUAUGUUCACUGAAAACAGAUUCCAACUUUGGUUCUGAUGAUAGUUUGGCAGACAUUCUCAUGAUGAAGGAGGUUGCUGAAGUUAGUCCAGAGAGUAACCUCAUGGUGAAUGAAUCUGCUGAAGUUUGUUCCGAACUUUCUCUCUUCGUGGAAAAAGAGGAAUACCAAAAAAGGAAAACACCAUUGGCUGCUAUAAGCCUGUCUCUUCCCUCACUACAGUUUCCAGAUAAAGUUCUCAAGACAGGCAUUGCUAACCAAAGCUAUAGCAUGAUCAGGAUGAAUAACCUGUCUGAGUAA